AUGUUCUCGUAUAAUCACAUGGGAGCGCUCGGCCCCAUGGAAAUCCGAAUCCUCCAUGUACUUCCAGCAACGGAUAUUAACCAUCCGAUCGAAUCUCGACUCGAGGUUGUCGCACUUGAGCAAAAUCCAGUAUACGAAGCUCUCUCAUAUUGCUGGGGUGACAGUACCGAACUCCUAGACAUCAAAUGCAACAACCAAGGAUUUGAAGUCACCGAAAAUCUGUUUAGUGCACUGCAGCACUUGAGGGACGAGAAUGCCGAGCGAACGCUGUGGAUCGACGCCAUUUGUAUCAACCAGAAUGACCUUAAGGAACGUCAAUCCCAAGUUCUACUUAUGAAGGAUAUCUACUCCAGAUCUGAAAGAGUGGUUGUCUGGUUAGGUCCCGAUCCCGCAUCCGAUGGAAUAGACCAUUUGUACGACUUGAUAGAAACAAUUCCAAAUCUUCCAGUCCCUCACCUGAGCAAAAAAGAGAGAAAGUUUUUCGAGAUGAACAUAGGUGAUGUUGAUCAAUGGACUCAAGGGGAAGAUAAGGAUCCCGCUGAAGGUCCGGAUAAAAAAGAAUUUGUUGUACCGGAGCAAGCCAAACCAGGCACAAUCGCUAUGCUUGAGCGGCCCUGGUGGACAAGGGUUUGGACUGUGCAAGAAAUGGUUCUCGCUCCCAGUGCUAUCUUUGUGUGUGGAAAUCUAGCUGCUCCAUCAACAGAAGUGCAAAGAAAAUGCAGUGACAUUCUUAUGCACUCAGUCAGCGAUGCAUUUGAUACUGGCGAUGUCGACGAUGUCAGUGCUCUUGGAAACUUGAUAACCGACCGUGAUGGCAAACUUUUCAUUGCCACUGUGAGAUUACAUCGCAGUUCCAAUGUGAAAAAGGAUCUCGGGACGCUGCUACAUCUUCAUAGAUGGUUGAGAGCUAAAGAUCCAAAAGACAAGGUGUACGGCUCUUUAGGUAUCGCCACAUCAACAUACGGCAUUGAGCCAGACUACACUAUCUCCACUGUGGAAUGUUACACACGUGUAGCUUUCAAUAUCAUAAACGGGAGCUGUUCACUGGAGAUCUUCGCUGCUCUAGGAAGGCCGUCUUGUUUGGAAGCUACCUUAACUGGCUUACCCUCGUGGGCUCCUGACUGGAGUUACGACUUCUCUAGUAUUCCGGAUGAGGAGAAAGGCCCCUCUGGUAUCAACAACCCUGUCAUAAGGGCAAAUGUUCAGACUCCAAUAUUACUAGAGACGAGGGAAUUGUUUCCCGAAUUCAAGGCGUCCCAGUCCAACAUGCCUUUUGCCGUGCGGCUUCUCAGCGAUGGCAAAACACUGGUUCUUAAAGGCUUCAUCGUGGAUAAGUUAACUUCUGUUGGGAACAAGCUUAAAUACCCCUGGGAGGGACCUAAGACAUCAUCAAGCAAUUUUGUCUUGGAUCCUAUUCGUGGACUCAGGCGAACCUCUAGGAUCUGGGGUGGCAUUGGAAGAGUCUUGGACACCAUUCAAGGUUGGCAAGAUCUCGUGUUCAAAACUGGAAAUCUUCAAACGUUACCAGGCGAAACCCCAAUGGACGCUUUCCUUACAACCCUGUUGGGUAACAGAAUUCAACUCAGUGCGAAUCGCCGCGAUGUCCUGGAUUACCUCAAACAAAGUAUAGAAAGAGGCAUGUCGAUGGAUAAGACUGGCAUUGUCAUGAACCAGUUGCAUCUUUCACAGCUGGUACCACAACUCUACCACAAACUGCUGGGGUACAGGAAACUAAGCAGCACAGAUUUGAGCGACUUGUUCUUGAUGGGGAAGUCUUUUACUGACAUACAAUGGGCCUAUGAUAAAAGAGUGGCGAUAACAGGCUCAGGAUAUCUGUGCCUGGUUCCUUGGCCUACUCGAGCAGGUGAUCGGAUUGCGCUUCUUCAGACUGGAAGAACGCCCUACGUGCUACGACAAUCUGGAGAGAAAUGGAAGAUCAUCGGGGAUUGCUAUGUUCACGGAAUCAUGUCUGGCGAGGCUUGGAACGAUGAGAAGUGCAUCGAUAUUGAGAUUGUUUAA